AUGGGCGCUGCGGUGAGAUGGGACAUCGCUCGGGAGGAGGAAAAGUUCAAAAAGACCGAGGAAUUGAAGGAUGAGCUGAAGGUCAUGCAAGAUCGCGCUGAGUUCAAGGAUGGCCUGGAACAGUUGAUUCAGGAGAACUUGCACACGGAGAUCGUCAAGGAACUCCGGGACAAGAAGCAGUACCAGGAGUUCAAGCGUGCUCACAAGAAGGCACAGAAGCAGGAGGAGUUGCAGAAGACGACAGACGGGUACCUGGACCAGAAGGACUUCUCGGAAUGGACGGUCCAGAACAAGAGGGUACAAAUGCAAGAAGAGCAGCGUAUGCUGGUCGAGGCCCAUUUGGACACAAAGAAUUUCUAUCAGGAGUACAAGGCGCAGGAAAAGGCGCGCAAGGACAUGGAGGAGAAGGAGGACCGGUUCGAGGCCGAGCACAAAGACUUGCAGCUGGCGUUCUUCAAGGCAUCGCAAGAGCGGGAAAUGGCCAUGGACGCGCUGGAGCCGGGGACUCCAUCAGAUGUCUGA